AUGCAUUGGAGAUAUACAAGCCUUCUCAUCAGCCAGCUUGCUGUGCUUGGAUUAUGUUGGCCAUACGAUGAGGACCUCAACGCAUAUAACAUCAACGAAAAUAAGACAGCCACAAAUCCCGCCGAAUACUGGGGUGAAUGGCCCAACCACACUUAUCACCCUUCCCCGGCCAAUUGGCGCUUUCCAAUUUACACACUUUUCCUUGAUCGGUUUGUUAAUGGUGACCCGACCAACGACAACAUCAAUGGAACUCUCUUUGAGCAUGAUUUGAGCUCAAACCAAAUGCGACAUGGCGGUGAUGUGGCAGGCCUGGUUGAUACUUUGGACUAUCUACAAGGAAUGGGCAUUAAGGGAAUAUACCUUGCCGGAUUAGUCUUGAUGAACCAGCCAUGGGGUUCAGACGGUUACUCGGCUCUUGACACGACUCUACUUGAUCAGCACUUUGGUACAAUUCAGACUUGGCGAGAUGCCAUCACAGAGAUACAUAACCGCGGCAUGUAUGUCAUUUUUGACAACACGGUUGCCACAAUGGGUGAUCUUAUUGGCUCCGAGGGGUACUUGAACACUACCACACCGUUCUCGUUGAAAGAGCACAAGGCCGAGUGGAAGUCAUCUCGACACUACGUUGAUUUUCAUUUUGGCAACACCUAUAAUGAAUCCUGCGAUUAUCCUCGCCUCUGGAACGAGACUGGAUUCCCAGUAGACUCAUACGUUCGAGGUGAGCUAUCGGGAUGCUACGACAGUGACUUCGAUCAAUACGGCGACAUCGAAGCUUUCGGUGUCUUCCCUGAUUGGCAACGUGAACUUGCGAAAUUCGCAUCGGUCCAGGAUCGUCUACGUGAAUGGGUACCCAGUGUCCGACAGCGGCUCAUCCGACAUUCCUGUAUGAUCAUCUCCUCGCUCGAUAUCGACGGGUUCCGUUACGAUAAAGCGACCCAGGCCACCGUUGAUGCACUCGGUGACAUUUCAAGUUCAUACCGAGAAUGCGCACGUCGAGUCGGGAAGGAGGAUUUUUUUCUCCCGGGAGAGAUUACAGUAGGAAACAACCUGGGAUCUGUCUUCCUAGGUCGUGGUCGGCAACCUGACAUGCUUCCCGAAACACUCGAUAAAGCGUUCCACUUGAAGAACUCAUCUGAGGAUUACUUUAUUCGCGACGAGACUCAACAGGCAAUUGAUGGUGCCGCUUUCCAUUAUUCUGUUUAUCGCUCGCUUACUCGAUUCCUUGGAAUGGAUGGAAACCUUGCAGCUGGCUAUGAUAUUCCAGUGAAUUGGACAGAAGCUUGGUACGAGAUGAUCCUCACGAAUGACAUGAUCAAUGCCAAUACCGGCAAAUUUGAUCCUCGGCAUAUGUACGGCGCAACAAACCAGGAUGUCUUCCGUUGGCCAACCGUCUCGCAGGGUGUCGAGAGGCAGCUCUUGGCCUUGUUUAUCACCACUCUUCAUCUGCCUGGUAUCCCACUUUUGCUUUGGGGGGAGGAACAAGCAUUCUAUAUCCUCGAUGCUUCAGCUUCCAAUUAUAUCUUCGGUCGACAAGCAAUGUCUGCUGCCACAGCCUGGAAGACCCAUGGUUGCUUCCAGAUGAAUUCAACUCAAUAUUUUCAAUGGCCGAUCGAAUCAGGGCGACUGGGAUGUCAUGACGAAUCAGCCACGUACGACCAUCGAGAUCCAUCUCAUCCAGUCCGCAAUACCAUCAAACAUAUGUACCAGAUGCGACACGACUACCCAGCACUGAACGAUGGUUGGUGGAUCCAGUUGUUAUCUAACCAAACACACAACAUCUACUAUCCAGGUUCCAAUGGUGUUCCAACCGAAACAGGGAUGUGGUCUGUUCUGCGAAGUCCGUACUACCAGAUGCAGGAUCUUGGUGUGGCAGGAAAUCAGACAAUCUGGUUUGUCUAUCAAAAUGAUAAUCGGACUAUCACAUACGAUUUCGAUUGUUCUGACAAUAAUCGGGCUCUCGUGGCGCCUUUUGAUACCAAUACCAGUGUCAAGAACCUCUUCUAUCCCCAUGACGAGCUCGCUCUGAAAGAUGGCCCCACCAAGCUUCAUCUAAACGGCUCCACGAAGUUCAACGGGUGUCACGACAGCAUGACUCUCAAUCCUUACGAGUUCAGAGCCUACGUCCCGAAAGAAAAGUUCGUGCCUCCGCAUCCGAUGAUCACCAAGUUCACCCCUGGGCAUGAUGCACCAGUCUUGUCCAAAGCUUCCCCCGGAGAAAGCGAGACUCUCGAAAUAGGUCUUUAUUUCAACACGGAGAUGGACUGCACUCUUCUCGCAGAUGCUAUUUCACUCAAAUCGACAACCGAAUCUGGAGAGAUUCCCUCCAUUGACCUUGACACAGUGGAUUGUGGAUUCAUUAAUCCGGAUGGUUCUUUGUGGACUGGAAGCAUCCCUAGUAUCUGGGGCUGGUCGGUAACUUUGAAUAACGUCUACAACGGAGUUCACCGCUUGACUGUGAAAAAUGCAACAAGCAGCGACGGGAGGUUCACCAAUGCCAUCGAUCAUUUCUUGGUUCGACUCGGACAGCACGAUAAUCCCAUGAUCUUUACAUCUGCCAACUACUCGAGUAACUUGCUUCAUCAGCGUAAUAAUGGAGAGCUCUUCAUCCGGCAAAACGCGGCAGGUGCAGAUAUGUAUCGCUACUCAACCAACUGGGGAAGUUCGUUUUCUCCCUGGAUCCUAUACGAAGGAGGUAAUCACACCAUCAAAGAGCAAGCUUGGUCUGGAACGAAAGCGCAGAGAUGGGACGGAAAACAUGUCCGCGUCGAAUAUUGGAGCCGCUUUACGGGAAGCAGCGAUUAUGUCCAAGAAGGUGAUGGGCCCGAGUGGAAAAUGCCUCGUCGUUUCCCUCAUCUUUUUUUCAAUGGUCCCUUCAAUGAAUACGGUUACGAUUCUGGGCUGGCAAACACCAUGAAGCAAGAUAGCGAUGGCAUUUGGAAAUUCCGAUUCAUGGCAGAGUGGCCCGCCCAGGGUCAGCUCAAUGUGUGGGGUAUCAACCCAGGCGGGCAGCCCGAUCAGAGCUAUAUCUACGGAGAUUCCGAUGGAAAUUCAAUUCUGGAUCGACUGCCCCCGUCUUCGCUUAGUGUGACUACAAUCAACAUUACUCGGCAUCCUCCACACCCGCAUUUGGCUUGGAGAAUCCACCUUGACGAUGCAACGAUGAGAUUCAAGCUCAUACCUGCGGGCUCGCAGUAUACCCAAAUCGCUCUGUUCGUUUUUUUGUGGGUUAUCCCAGUAAUCACAGCCAUCACAACUGCCUACGUGUUCAAGAAGACCUUCUACAGAAUCAGAUUCAACCAGGUCGGAGUGAGUGAGAGGAAAACACUCAUCUCCAUGGAUGUCUUCAACUUAUUCAAGCUGGACAAAGCCGAGAUUGGACAGUCAAAGAAUUCUCUUAUACGCUUGGUAACCAGAUCAAGAUUCCUUCAGAGCAAAUCUGCCUUCGGUAACCGCACAUCACACAGACGGAAGGUUCUCGUCGCGACUAUUGAAUAUGACCUUGCCGACUGGGACAUCAGAAUUAAAAUUGGUGGCUUGGGUGUCAUGGCACAACUGAUGAGCAAGCAACUUGGACAUCAAGAUCUCAUUUGGGUCAUCCCAUGUGUCGGCGGGAUCGAUUACCCUAUUGACAAGCCUGCCGAAUCUAUGUUUGUCAUUAUCCUCGGCAACUCGUAUGAGGUAAGGAUUCAGUACCAUUACGUGAAAAACAUCACCUAUGUGCUCCUGGACGCACCGGUCUUCCGUCAACAAUCGGCCCUUGAGCCUUACCCGGCUCGAAUGGACGACAUGGAUAGUGCCAUCUAUUACUCUGCCUGGAACCAAUGCAUUGCGCAAGCUAUGAAGCGUUUCCCCAUCGAUUUGUAUCAUGUCAAUGACUACCAUGGCUCACUCGCGCCGCUAUAUCAACUACCUGAGACAAUUCCUGUUUGUCUGUCGCUCCAUAAUGCCGAGUUUCAAGGCUUGUGGCCCAUGCGAACGCAGAACGAGAAGACCGAGGUCUGCUCUGUCUACAAUCUUGACAUGGAUGUUGUCACGCGCUAUGUCCAAUUCGGUGAAAUCUUCAACCUGCUGCAUGCCGGUGCUACUUAUCUACGUCUACACCAGCAAGGCUUUGGUGCUGUUGGCGUCUCGAAGAAAUAUGGCAAACGUUCCUAUGCAAGAUAUCCUAUCUUCUGGGGUCUCAGAAAGCUUGGAAAUUUGCCAAAUCCCGAUCCCUCGGAUACUGGCGAGUGGAACAAGGAUCUGCCUAAGGAAAAUGAGAUCAGUGUCGACAGUGCAUUUGAAAUUGGCAGAAAAGAACUCAAACGUCAAGCUCAAGAAUGGGCUGGUCUGGAACAGAACCCUUCUGCUGAUCUUCUCGUCUUUGUUGGAAGAUGGUCAAUGCAAAAGGGCAUCGAUCUGAUCGCCGACGUAAUGCCUGCCGUUCUUGAAUCAAGACCAAAUGUUCAACUCAUCUGCAUCGGACCGGUUAUUGAUUUGUAUGGCAAGUUUGCCGCCCUCAAACUGGAUCGCAUGAUGAAUCUCUAUCCCGGAAGAGUAUUCUCGAAACCUCAGUUCACGGUUCUGCCACCAUUUAUCUUCUCGGGCGCUGAAUUCGCAUUGAUUCCUUCGCGAGACGAGCCUUUUGGCCUGGUCGCCGUCGAAUUUGGUCGCAAGGGAGCUCUUGGUAUCGGUGCUCGAGUAGGUGGUCUCGGUCAAAUGCCUGGUUGGUGGUAUACAGUUGAGUCCACGACCACAUCGCAUCUUCUCAAGCAAUUCAAGCUUGCGAUUGACAAUGCUUUGAGCUCUAAAUCCGAAGUUCGAGCUAUGAUGCGUGCGAGAUCAGCCUUGCAGCGAUUCCCUGUUGCACAAUGGAUUGAAGACUUGGAGAUUCUUCAGUCAACAGCUAUUCGAAUUCACAACAAGGAACGUGCAAAGACACAGGCGCAACCAUCUGCUGCAGUGUCGGCAUAUAAUGCCAUCUACGGAAUGAUGACUCCACAGGCUGUAACGAGGCCUAAUGCUUCAACUGGUACUCUCACAUCACCGCUUCAGCCAAGUAGUAGGCCUGGAACUGUUGCAUCGAUGCAACGCAGCUCUAUCAUAUAUAGCCGCGAUCCGAGUCCUGGCGCUGAUUCCCGUCCUAAGUCAGGACCGAGUCGACAAAUGCCAUUCGGUGUUAGGCCUGUUUCCGCUCCACUGGAGGGUCGUGGGAGACGAGAUCCUGGAAAGGGAAGCGUAAGCGAUGUUGAAGAGGUUAGAGAAGGAUCAGUGCCCGAUAUCGAUGAUGACAGUGAUGACGAGAUGUUGUCUACCUGCUAUGGUGACGAUGAGUAUCCACUGGGUCCCGACUCUGCUGAUGCAGGUCGACAAAUGGAAGCUUCUCAGUCUCUUCUACCUCUUACCCGAGAAGUCCUUGCUGCCCGACACACGGGUCAAGGCUCUCUUUUGCCUCGAUUCAUGAAUACGUCUUCGAGCUCCACAUCGCCCAGCACAGCGGGUACGGAAGAUACUCUCCUUCCUCCGCAACGUCCUUGGGCAGAGCCAGGAAAUCGUCUUAGCAGUGCCUCACAGCUAUCUGUUGACUCAGUCGUUGGAGACAAAAAAGAUUACAAAUUGCAAAAGGUCGAUCCCUUCUUCACGGACAGCAAUGGCGAGUACUAUAAAGCUUUCGAGAAGAAAUUGGAAGUUCUCAAUGGCGCGAAUUCAGACUCUCAGCUUUGCAUCGAGCAGUAUCUCGAGAAGAGCGAGAAGAAAUGGUUCGAUAAAUUCCGAGAUGCACGUCUGGGACGCAACCAGUCUCCAGCUCCUUCAAUGCGAUUCGGCAAGAACGGCGGGUCCUCUCCUCCGGGGUCUAUCACCAAUGAUGACACCACAUCUCAUGAGAGUGGCGGUCAAGAGAGAAAAGAAGUCGGCGAUGAGUUCCAGCUGGGAGAAGACUACGUCCCACCGACGGGGCUGAAGAAAUGGAUGCAGAUCCGACUUGGAGACUGGCCAGUCUACUCCCUGUUCCUCGGUCUCGGCCAGAUCAUUGCUGCUAAUUCCUAUCAAAUUACCCUGCUUACUGGGGAGGUCGGGCAGACAGCAGCAAAACUGUAUGGAAUCGCUACUGUAUAUCUGAUUACAUCUAUUCUUUGGUGGUUUUUCUUCCGAUUCUACAAAUCCGUGCUUGUCUUGACCGUACCAUGGUUCCUAUACGGCUCUGCCUUUUUGGUCAUUGGCCUCGCCCACUACGAGCCUAACUCAUUCAUACGUGGAUGGAUUCAGAAUAUCGGAAGUGGUAUCUAUGCCGCAGCAUCAUCAAGUGGUUCUAUCUUCUUUGCCCUCAACUUUGGUGAUGAGAGCGGAGCCCCUGUGAAGCAAUGGGUGUUCCGUGCUUGUCUUAUUCAAGGCACACAGCAAGCAUAUGUCAUCGCUCUCUGGUAUUGGGGCUCAACCCUGACCAAGGCGACGAAUGCUGGGGUUGCGAAUGUGCAAGGCAGUAUUACCAACACGUGGAGGAUGACAGCGGUUUGUGCACCUAUCACAAUCUUCUUGUGGACAAUCGGUUUGAUUGUUUACUUCGGCUUGCCAAAUUACUAUCGUCAGGCUCCUGGCAAGGUUCCGUCUUUUUACAAGUCCGUCUUUCGGCGAAAGAUCGUGCUUUGGAAUUGGGUUGUGGUCAUCUUCCAGAACUUCUUCUUGAGCGCACCCUAUGGUCGAAACUGGAACUUCCUCUGGAUCUCCAAUCACGCCAGGCCCUGGCAGAUCCUAUGCCUCUGCAUUGCCUUCUUCGGCUUGGUCUGGAUAGCAGUGCUUUGUCUCAUGGCUCGCAUAUCCAAGUCGCAUAGCUGGAUUUUACCCAUCGUGGCCUGUGGCCUCGGUGCACCCAGAUGGGCGCAAAUAUGGUGGGGAACAUCCGGCACGGGUGUUUUCCUUCCAUGGGCAGGAACCUAUGUAUCCGGUGCUUUGAUAUCCCGAAGUCUUUGGCUAUGGCUCGGUGUGCUGGAUGCACUGCAGGGUCUUGGCUUCGGCAUGAUUCUUUUGCAGACCUUGACGCGUAUGCACAUUUGCUUCACAUUGCUUGUCUCGCAGGUUCUUGGUUCCCUCGCAACGAUAUGUGCGAGAUCUUUCGCACCGAAUAAGAUCGGCCCGGGUCCCAUCUCCCCAGAUAUAACGGCCGGUGUCAGUGCAUUGGGCAACGCAUGGUUUUGGAUCGCGCUUGUUUUCCAGCUUUUGAUUUGUGGUGGCUUCCUUCUCUUCUUCCGCCGCGAACAGCUGUCAAAGCCUUAG